CAAAAAAGGUUAUAAUCAAAUGAAUAUAAUGUACUUGUAUGGGCAUGAAGUUGAUGAUGCUGUUGAUUUUCUUUGUAUUAACGUAGAAAAUGGCAUCAUUACACGUAACUAUAGUAUGUUUUUGGAAUGGUUGUAUUCGAGAAAGUAGUGGCAAAGUUCAUUAUGUUGGGGGAAGACGUAAGUUAUAUGCUUGCAAUUAGAACAUGGAUUUGAACCACUUUAAACGUUUUAUAUGUUCUAAUAUUAGAUUGGACCCUACUUGAAGUACCGUAAAUAUAAGCUUUAAAUAUGACAUGAGUGGAGAAUUGCUUGCCUUUCCUGUUGAGGAUGAUGAGGCUAUAGAUGCUAUGUGGGAGCAUUCAAAGUCCACCCAAAUUCCCUCGUUGGAGUUAUACGUAGAAGUACCAUUAGGGAAUGUAGUUGCUUCUAAUCCUACUCCUACACCUAUGCCUAUAUUAACUCAGGAAACUGUAAAUCCCGUCGUUUUUUCCGCAUCUUGUAUUUUUUCUCAACCCCCUAUGAAUCAAGUUCCAAUUGAUUCAAUGCUAACUUAGGAGAAACUGCUGAGAUGGGACUUUGGGAUGAUGGAAAUGAGAGUGAUGAGCUCAUUGACGAUCCUUCUAAGGACGAUGUGGAUGUCGAUGAGGAUGCGCUAGCAAAUGACAUGACCCUAGGCAACAUUCCUAUAAUCAUUCCUCCUACACCUUAUGCCCUCUAUCCACCUUUAGACGAGUAUGAGGAGGACAACUCAUGGAGGACUUGGGCUUGUGAUACCACAUACACCGAAGAUCGAGAGUUUGAGAAGGGUAUGAUGUUUGAUAGCAAGGAAUCGUUGUUGGAAGCUAUCAGGCUAGCGUGACAUGGUGCAUCGCAUAUUGGGAGAGCACCCUCCACCGGAAGAUCAGGGGGAGCGGUUUACGCUGCACGUGGUUAGUUCAGACCUUCUCACAUCUCCCCGAAGAUGCUGAUAAAGGCACCAUUUCGAGGUACGCUUAUACUUGAUAGGAGCUGUGUUGUUUGCCGAUAAAACAAACAACCAAAUACAACUCCUUUAUUUAACUUUACUUGACGACCCGUGGGAGCGCAUCGCCGAGUAUAAGCUUGGGCUACGCAGCCCUUGGAUACCUGUAUAGGAGGCUAUGUGGUGCUAUCCAAAAGAACGUCAAGGAGAUUGCAGGGCUAAUAGUCAUAUUACAAGUAAUAAUAAAAUUAACAUUUAACUCUAAUCUGAUGUAGUUGAAUUACAUAUUGAUUACAUUUCCAAUGUUCAGCUGUGGGCAUGGGAGCAUAUUCUUAUCGGCCAACCUUACAGAACCGUUGGUCGUGGUGAUACUGCUCCUCCACCACAACCCCCACCAGAUGUUGCAUACGGUUCAAGGUGAAAUUUUGCACGCCAGACGCGCAAGUACACCGGCACCGGUCUCGGAUUCUACCGAGAUCAAUUAGACCUGCUACGACCCAACCAGGUGCGCCGAUCGAUGUUCAUGGCACACCUGCUACACCAAACUACAUGUCGUGGUUCCUCUCCAUCACGUGCCGAUGGAUAACACCACGUACCAUCUUCUAGCAGCACAUUACGCACCUGCUGCGCCUACGAUGACCCAAUUUGCACAAGGUGCGGCAACAGUGAUUCGGUACAGCCACAAGGACCCGGUGAGGGAGAUUGCGCAUGGCAUGCUCGUCGGCUCGCAGUUCCAGCACUUCAUACCGGAAGUCGCUGCAGAGUCCUUACCGACUACCGCCCAUACGCACGUCUCAUCUCCUUCUUAUGACUAUCAUUUGGAGGAGAUAGAUCUUUCAUACCCCCUUGACGUUGCAGGGACCUCGCAGGCUGGGCCAUCACAGCCAUCACAGUACCAGUCCCCUCCACUGCCAAAGCGACACCCGAGCGCCUCUUACUAUCGUAGGAGGCGUAGGAGACCAACUCAGUUAGAUAGGUUAGAUAAGGGUCGUGAGCGUUAACGUUUAACUUUUAUUGAGUUUUAUAUUUCAAACAUUUGUAUAUAUUUUGUUGUAUAUAUAUUUUUAAUUACUUUAUCAUAGCCUCCAAGC